UCCCGCGUAAACUUUAGCACACGAAGCGAUUCAAAAUGGCGGGUUCUUUUCAAUACAAUCCUGUCGAUAACGCGGUUGGUAAACUCUCACGAAUGCAAGAAUAUCUCGAUGUUGGCUACUCGACAACGCUGGAAAUCGCCCUCGACAUCGAGGAAUGUAACGAGUCUGGUAAAACAACGGCCGAAAUCGAACAGCUGAAAGACAUCACUUUGGAGUAUGUUAAAAUGGAAAAAGAGCUCAAGCAAUGGCUUCAGGCCGCAGAAACGACUAAAACAGCGUUUCAAGAAGAGCACAGGAAUGCGAAAGCUGGAAAUGUACCCAGCAUUGAGGAGAUCUUCAUGAACAAACUGAAUGAGACGGAAGAGAACAGCAUGAAUGAAAGCAUUCAGGAACAUCCGAACAUCAAGGAGUUUGUCAAGCAAGUUUGGAAUGUGCACCAUAGCGGUCAGCCUUUACCUACAGAUCAGAAUGCCACCAUUGAUUCAGAUAUUAUGAUUGCACAGGCCUCGGAAGAGUCAGUUAUCUGUCCACUGACCCAAAAACAAAUGGUUGAACCAGUGCGAAGUAAGAAAUGCCAUCACAGUUUCGAAAAAGCUGCAAUUCUCCACCACAUCAGAGUGAGGCAGAACCGUGUGCGAUGUCCUGUCGGUGGUUGCGCCCACUACGUAACUGAAGCGGAUAUUGAACCAAAUUCAAGCCUUGCAUUCCGUAUAAAACGAUUACAAAGAAAACAGUGAAAUCAUUCUUGUAAAUUAGGACAAGCGACAGAUGA